AAUGGACGCCAAAAAUUGACACCUUUUGUCAAAAUUUUCAUUUCAAAAUCCGCCAUGAAAGUAGCUCCUCCAAAUUUCUCAGCAGAACCCUAAACAAAGAAAAGGCACACCCACCACCGCAACCGCAAACUUCCAUGCCCAACCUCCACAGCCACUACACUCUCCUCCCACUCAGACCCACUUCAUUUCUGCUGACGAAAUGGGCUCUCUCAUCCCAAUUUUAGACCUCAAUAACCUCCCAGAAUCCGCCGCCGGCUCCACCCCAAACACUACCAUCUCCGCCGUAUCCAUGAAAGUCCCCAAAAUCGAACCGAAGCUCGAACCUUUCGACGAACCACUCGAUGCCCACCUGCCCCAACUGCCUCCAGAACCCUUCAUUUCCACUCCUACCCCCAACUCUCUCACCAAUUCCCAAAUUAACCCUUUCUCCGACCAGAACCACACCCCCGUAUCUGAUUCCUCCGCUGCACCCUCCGACCAGGAGAAUGUGUACUCGGAGUUCCAUCGAAUUUCCGAGCUUUUCCGAACUGCUUUUGCUAAAGGGCUCCAGAGUAUCGGCGACGGCGAGGUCGAAGUAUUGGACCCGGAUGCGCGAGCAAUUGUGCCGGUUCCUCAAGAAACCCAGAUAACAGAGGCUGUCGUCGCGCGAAGGAAAUACCCCAAGCGGUCCUCCGAGCUCGUCCGGGUGACCGAUCUCAACAUCGAGGACCAGAGGUACUUCCGUGACGUGGUGCGGAAAACCCGAAUGCUUUACGACUCGAUUCGGAUACUGUCAGUGGCGGCGGAGGAGAAGCGGAACCCAGGAAACGGGAAGCGAGUCCGCGGCGACUUGCAGGCCGCCACAGCGCUCAGGGAUCGUGGGUUGUGGCUCAAUCGCGAUAAAAGGAUCGUGGGUUCGAUUCCUGGGGUGUACGUUGGCGAUCUCUUCUUUUUCCGCAUGGAGUUGUGUGUGGUGGGUUUACAUGGCCAAGUCCAAGCUGGCAUCGACUAUCUUCCAGCGAGCCAGAGCUCGAAUCACGAGCCAAUUGCAACCAGCAUUAUUGUUUCGGGUGGCUAUGAGGACGACGAGGAUGCUGGUGAUGUGAUUAUCUACACCGGUCAUGGAGGACAGGACAAGUUUAAUAAACAAUGUGCUCAUCAGAAGCUGGAAGGUGGGAAUUUGGCAUUGGAGAGGAGCAUGCAUUAUGGGAUUGAAGUGAGAGUUAUCCGAGGAAUCAAAUGCCAAGGUGGUAUUUCACAUAAGGUUUAUGUUUAUGAUGGCUUGUAUAGAAUAUUUGACUGUUGGUUUGAUGUGGGGAAGUCGGGGUUUGGUGUUUAUAAGUUUAAACUUCUGAGAAUGGAAGGGCAAGGCGAGAUGGGUAGCGCCAUUCUUAAGUUUGCGGCUAGCCUUAGGGCCAGCCCAUUGGCUGUGAGACAGUCGGGGUAUCUCAGUCUGGAUAUUUCUAAUAAGAAGGAGAAUGUUCCAGUUUUUCUGUUCAAUGACAUUGAUUCUGACCAGGAUCCCAUGUAUUAUGAAUAUCUUGCGGCAACUGUGUUUCCAACACAAGUAUUUCAUCAGUCCGGGAAGGGGACCGGGUGUGAUUGUGUUGACGGUUGUUUUGGUAAUUGCUUUUGUGCUUUGAAAAAUGGAGGCGAGUUUGCUUAUGAUGACAAUGGUUGUCUUUUGAGAGGGAAGCCUGUGGUUUUUGAGUGCGGGCCCUUCUGCCAUUGUCCCCCAACAUGCCGGAAUCGUGUCACUCAAAAAGGUAUGAGAAGUAGACUGGAAGUGUUUAGAUCAAGGGAAACAGGUUGGGGAGUUAGGUCCUUGGACUUGAUACAUGCCGGUGCCUUUAUAUGUGAGUAUACAGGGGUUAUUCUCACUAGGGAAAUGGCUCAAAUAUUUGCAAUGAAUGGUGAUACCUUGGUUUAUCCACAUCGGUUUUCUGAUAGAUGGACAGAAUGGGGAGAUUUAUCCCAGAUAUAUCCUGAUUAUGUACGUCCAAGUUAUCCUUCGAUCCCACCAUUGGAUUUUGCUAUGGAUGUAUCCAAAAUGAGAAAUGUUGCUUGUUAUAUGAGCCACAGUUCCACUCCGAAUGUGAUGGUGCAGUUUGUACUGUAUGAUCACAAUAAUUUGAUGUUUCCUCAUCUCAUGCUGUUCGCAAUGGAGAACAUCCCUCCUAUGAGGGAGUUGAGCCUUGACUAUGGGGUGGCUACUGUGUCUGAGGCUGAUGAAUGGACAGGAAAACUUGCUAUCUGUAACUAAUUUUGAUGGGGCGAUGAUAUUAAAUCAUGCAGAUGGUUACGGGAGUAUGAUAUACUAAGCUCUUGUUCAAACUUCAAUGUCACCUUGUCACCUAUUCAUUGGUGCUAGGUAUGUGAUUCUUUGUGCAAUGAUAUACUCUAGUAAUCAUAUGGUGAAGCGUACUAUUCGGAGGAAGGGGCCUUUAUAUUUCUCUGUGCUGGAGACACACGCGUCUCAUGCCCUUGCCUGUUCGCGUUAAUAGAGAGAGACACACAUGGGCACACGCAUAACUUGUUCCUGGUGUAUAUCUUUUGCAAAGUUAGGCAGUUUAUUGACUAUGGAUAAAGUGAGGGAGCCGUGCAAAUCUUGUCAUUUGAAAGAGAAUUAUGUGUUUGGAAGGGGAAGUUUAGUAAAGUACAAUAAGUGGCAUUCAGACUACUAAGCUGUGUAUCUGGCUUCCGAAUUUUCUGGUCCAUGAAUGUUUCCUCACAACUAGAUGCCGAAAAUGUAAAUUUUUCAAUCAGGUUAUCCAAAAGCAUUGAUGUGGCUCAUGUACAUGGCAAUUGAAGUCGCGGGCUGGUAAAAAAAAAAGAGAAUUGAGAACUCGCAGACCGAGCCACCAGAUGCUGCUGUGAUGAUUUUCUCUGACGUUUUAGGCUUUCCCGGUUUCCUGGACCUUUCGGACCAAGUCUUCAUACACGCAACUGAUAGUAGGUGUCUUUAGGUUUGUUAAGUUUGUAAGAACAACUUGUACUGAUCUUCUGUACUUGUAGCUUUGUAUAUGUUAUCACAACCAAAAUGGCUAAACUUUGUACAGAAUUGUAUAAUUCGUGCCUACAGGUAUCGCGUAUGUUUGGAUGGAUUGGUUUUCUUUAA